AUGGCUUUUAUAUUGUCUUUUGUAAUCGCGAUUGCUCUGGCAUUUCAUCAGGUGAAUAUAUAUGUUUCAGCGCAUAGAAAUUACUAGGAUUUCUUUUGGUAUAAUCUUUUUUUAAUAUUAUUGCAUACGUGUUUAUUUGAAGGCAUGAAGCUUUGUAUUUCGACUGUAUUUCCUGUUUUAGGUCGACGGAGAAUAUGCUGUUUUGCGAGCGAGCACAAACUCGGAAUCUAAAGAUUUUUGUGUGACUUAUUACCCAUUAUGGCACGACCUUCCUACAGAAUUAUCCGCUGCAGUAUGUAUCUAGAGUGUUUAAUUUUACUGUAACUGCUCUGUCAUUUUUUAAGUGUUUUAUAAUUCCCAAUUUACAUUUCAGACAAUAUAUAAAUAUUUUCAUGGCUAAUUCAUAGCAAAUUUCUUACAUCUAUAUUUACUAUACAUUAAUGUAUGUUGUAGUAAGUUGAUAUGAUGCCUAAACAUAAGAUUUCUGAAAUUGGUUAUUUGACAUAUUAAAAAAGAGAAUUAUUCUUGAUUCUUGAUUCUCGCUAGGUGAUGAAUAAAUUAUGACGUUGUAGUUGGUCACUGUGAUUGGGUAUAUGUGUUGCAAUUUUUCCAUAUUGUUAAUUUGAUACAAUUUGUUAUUUAACCAGACUGCAAAGUUGGGUAGUUUUCAAUGAGAUCUCAAGAUUUUAUAGAACUUGAAAAUUGUUUAUACAAAUUACUUCCUGUUACCUAGUUAUGCAGUCUGGUUUGUUGAAAAGCUCUUUUAUGUUGUUAGUAGGCAUAUCAAUACACAAAGGGGCCCCGUUUUCAUGUAAGUGACUUCAGUUAAACUGAACAUCUCAAACACGAAAACAAGGCUCUAUUAUAGCCAAAGUGACAGGCUUUCCACAUGGUUCUAUUGGCCUGUCGGGUGUGGCAAAAAUGCCCUUUUACAGUCAGCUUUCAAGAACCUUUCCACAUCUGUAAUUUGUUCUGUAGUACUGUAGCAGUUACAGAAUUAUGGGCAAAUAUGACUUAAUCAAAUUUAAAUUUCUCAACGUCCAUGCAUGUUUAGCAUGCAGUGAAUCUAAUGAAAAAUACAUGUCACAAAUUGUCAUAUAAUAUACAAACUAAAUUUUAUCACCAUAUUUGCUCAUAAUAUGGUAACUGCUAAGUGGUAAAACAUAGGGGUGCACCGGAACCAGUUUUUUAAGUUCCGGCCGGAACCGGAUCCGACCGGAACUGGAAAAAAUUUCCGGCCGGAACCGGAACUAAUAUAUUAAGCCAUAUAUAGUCAUAUGUUACUUUGUCCGCUGCCAGACAGGCAGACACUUCAAGUCAUCAAGGAGAGAGCUCGCAAAUGUUAGAAUAAAAAGAUUGACAAACGUUAAACGUCAUAAUGAAGUGUUAUAGUGUAUAUUUCCCUUGCGUAGUCCAAAUUUCUUCCUACUGUGAACUUUUGUUAGACACAAAAACGUUUGAUAUUCUAUCUCUCUGAAACAGACAGAGUUCCGGUUCCGGCCAUGCUUUUUUUACUAGUUCCAGUCGGAACCGGACCUCUAAAAAAUCGGGGUUCCUGCCGGAACUAACCGGCCGGAACCGAGUUCCGGUGCACCCCUAGUAAAACAGAACAAGGUAUACAUACAGAACAAAUUAUAUGAGAAGGUUGGUGUAUUUUGACUGUACUGUAACACCAUUGCAGACAUUUAGUGUCAGGUUUGCUGCAUUUACAGUAACAUUUUACAUAUGUAAGGAAAGGUCCUUUGUUUGAAAGUCAACAGCAUGAAUUAACUUCCAGUGCUACUAACUUCAAGGGUCUACUAACCUCUGUAUGACCAGUAGAGGUGUGCAAUGAUCAUUUAUGUAUGGAUAAUCUUGCUUUUUAGCCCCAGUAUGAAUAUCAACUGGUACCCAUUGAAGACUUAUGUUCAAAUGAGGAUGACGAUUAUUCAAACGAUUAUUCAAACGAAGCUGUGUUUUCAUGGGAGAAAAGUCUACCAAAUUGCACAUUUACUGAUAGAGUUGUGAAUGCUCAAAGCAGGAAUGCCACAGAGUUGGUUAUUGUAAACACCAACGAUCAGUUGGUAUGUUUACGCAGAAGUAAUUUUUGCCAUUAAGACCAUAGUAAAGUAACAAGUGUUCAUUGGCCAUGAAUACUGAAAUGAGUUAUAUAAGCCCCGUUACACUACACUCAAUUUUUGGGACGGCACGGAUAAAAUUGGUACCCGUACCACUUUUUUGGUUCUUGGACUACCUAUUUAGGUAGCUAUUUAGGUAGUCCAAGAACCAAAAAGUGGUACGGUACCAAAAAUUGAGCAUAGUGUAAACGGGGCUUAGCUAAAUAGGUAGUCCAAGAACCAAAAAAGUGGUACGGGUACCGAUUUUAUCCGUGCCGUACCAAGAAUUGAGCGUAGUGUAAACGAGGCUAUAAUGUAAAUAUUUCCUUUUUUCUAGUUUAUUGCAGUAGCAUCAUCACCUGCAGAUUAUAAUAUGUCCAAAAUCCCUUUGGCCGUCAUGACGAAAUCUGAUUUCCAGACCAUGCAGGUAGCUCAUUGUAGAACCAGUCACAAAAUCACUAAAGCUGAAUAUUUGAAGGCUAUUAACCCACUGAGCUUCAAUGCACCGCACUUCAUUAUUUUACACUAACACCAGAUAAUCUUGCUUGUGAAAUAAUGGGUUAUAAUCAAACUAUAUGCCAACCCAUUGAGCUACAAUGAAAGAUGAUUUUACUUGUCAAGGGGAGAGUCUUGUAGAUUAACCCAUUGAGCACUAGCACUUUCCCUUUGACAAGUAAUAUUGUCUGGCAUUAGACAGAGUAAAAUAAUAAACCAGGGUACAAUGCAAUGUAAUGGAUUAAACCAAAUAAUUAGUUUAUUUCUUGGCAUCUGUUUAUUAUUGUCAUGUUGCUAGUCAUCUUAAAUGCCUUCAUGAUCUUCUUACAGGCACUUGGUAAAUUUGCAUUUGUUCAGUUGUAUGUGCCGCCAAUUGCUGCAAUAGAUACAAAUCUUGUAGUGAUAUGGUUAUUGGCUGUGGGUACCAUCGUUAUUGGUGCUUAUUGGAGUGGUGUCAUUGCUAAUGAACAAAGGUGUGUGUGCAUUGUUGAGCAUGUUAAAUUGUGUUUUUAACACUGGCAUUACUAGUUGUCACCUGUCAGCAAAUGGCUACUAAUUUUCUGAUAUUUAAAUUUUAAAUGCUUAUUCUUAAAAUUACUUUAUAUUUUGAAUUCAACAGCAUUGACAAUUUUAACCCAUUGAGCCCCAAUGCGUCCCAGUGUGCCCUACAUAUUUUUUUACUUGUUUAACGCCAGAUGUUUUACUCGUCAAUGUGGAAGCUCCAUAGAUUAAUGGGUUAACAAAAAAUUUGACAAUGUCUCUAAUUAACCCACUGAGCCGCAAUGCGCCCUACUUUUUUUUUACUUGUCUAAUGGCUGGCGAUUUUACUCGUCAAUGGGGAAGCUCUGCAGCUUAAUGGGUUAACCAUUUCUUCUGGGUCCAGUUUUUCUCCCUCAUUGAAAGCUAACCCUUAGGUCUUUGCUUUCGAGCAAGUGUAUCGUGUGCCUCUGGCUUGAGUGAAUUGGGCAACAAUAUCCUGAGUAUGUAAAACAGCAUUAAUUACUGUAACUCAUUAUCAAUGUCCACUGUUUUGCAUGUAUGUGAAGAGAGAAGAGUGCAGAAAAUAAAGCCUCGUCUGGCAGCAGUUCAGAAGAAGAAGAAGCAGCUAUGCAGAUCACCCCCCUGAUGGUUGUGAUAUUUGUAGUAUUCAUCUGUCUCUUUCUCCUCUUGGUCUACUAUUUGUAUAAAUAUGUUGUCUACAUUAUCAUUGGAGUGUUUGCCAUCGCUUCUGCAUCGGGAAUGUUCGAAUGCCUCAAUGCCUUGGCUCUUAAACUACCAUUUUGUAAGUUUUUUGAUAUGUUUUAGUUGUCACUUUAUGUACACUAUCCUUGGGAUCUCCGAGUUACAACAAUUUUUCUAUCCCUUCACUGGAAACCUGAAAAAAUCUACCAAUGUUUGAUAUUUAACCCACAGCCAUGGGCAUAUUCUACAGCAUUCGAAUUUCUACCUAACACCAAAAGAUUUAACACAUCAUUGUCUUUUGAUGAAGGAGUGAGAUAACAUGGCAAUAUACAUCUAAUAUUCAUUUAUAAAAUCUCUUACUAGGUACAUGCCGAGUACGCGUGCCUUCUUUCAUUAAUCGAUCAGGAGAUGUUCUGGUCAAAUCAGUAAUUGUACUGGCAUUUUCACUUGGUAUCGCCAUUUGGUGGGUCAUCGUACGCAAUGAAAGGUAAACCAAAGUGUGUAAGAUUUGAGCGUAAAAUAUUGCAGUUACCCACACAAUGUAUCCACACUGAUAUAGAAUUGUCAAUAUUGUGAUUUAAGCAAGUAAGAGGCUGUUUAUAUGGUCCCGCUUACCCGGGAUUCAAUGAAGUGCGACAUAUUUUGAGCAAUUGAAAUAAGUCGCACUUCAUGAUUUAACAAAAUUGCUUGUUACAAAUUGUAUAAAAUUCCAUGUUUUAGACAAAAAGCAAAUGUUGUUGAAUGUUAUUAAUCGUCUUUUUCCACUACAUAACUUCUGGCGCGUUCAGAGUUUCGUUUAAGCAAUAUUUAAAGUUAUCUAACUUUUGUUUAGGCUGAAACACGUAUUUCAAUUGCUCAAAAUACGUCACACUUCAUUGAAUCCCGGGUAAGCGGGACCAUAUAAACACCCGCUAAAUAUCACUUCUUCUCUAUUCCUGUAGUUAUGGAUGGGUACUUCAAGACAUUCUCGGGGUGUUAUUCUGUAUAUCAUUAUUAAAGAACUUACGUCUGCCUAGUCUGAAGAUCUGUUCCCUGCUGUUAAUCUUACUUCUUAUUUAUGAUGUCUUCUUCGUGUUCAUUACACCAUUGUUCUCUGCUGGUCACAACAGCGUCAUGGUUGACGUUGCUACAGGUAGAGAAAUACAGUAAAUAGUUCAUAAUUCUUUUUUCAAAAUCAUGCAAACCUUUAUCAUUUAAUCCGUGACAAACUGCAAAGAAAGAAGGUAUUACCCAUACUUCCCUGCAACUUAUUCAAUAUAUAGUUAAUUAAAUACGCCUUCGCCCAUUUAGUACUACUAAAUUGUAAAUUUCGACAUACUAAAAGUCUAAAACGCUGUUUUCGGACUAUCAGAAUUCUGUCAAAUCGUCCCCAAAGUCCAGGAAAUGGCAUUUCGGAGACUCUAAAUUUAAAAAUUUCCUCGGGCCUUCGGCCCUGGCUUUCAGCCCCAAAUCGAAAAGAGCUUCCCACGGCCCUGGUAGAUCUUAUUUAAAUUAGGAAAUGUUCUUGGAUCGGUCGGUCAGUUAUUUGGAUUGUCAAACCAGCGCUUGUGGUGCCGUGUGGUCACUACGCUUGCCUCACCAAUGAAUGUGAAACCAGUCGAUAAACAAUUUCAUUUUUUUAUUCCAGGUGAAGGACAUAAAGAACAGCUUCCUAUGGUCCUCAAAGUACCGCGAAUCAUUCGCUCUGCUUUAUUAAUAUGCGAAAGAAGAGACUAUUCACUCUUAGGCUUUGGAGAUAUAUUAGUGCCAGGUAGAAAAAAAUCAAUGUGAUUUGUGAAAGUUGAAACUCUGACAAUAUAUCUUCAAUAAACGACCAACUCUUCAAUAUGCCUAAUUGCCUAACACGUAGUUACUCAUAUAACUUAAAUGCUUGAUUAUACCUUCGGUCCGUUCUAUGGAAUAGUGGUAACUAAGCAUGUCAGCUAUCCAAAAACGUGCAUUAUUGGAUGUCAAAAGGCAUAAGCAUGCAUUAAAUGAUCGAUUAGGUCUGUGGCCUGUGCGAUUCUUGCUUCUGGCUCAAUGUCAUUAUUUUUUCUGUUUAGGUUUAUUCGUGUCAUUCUGUCAUUCUUUUGACCGAAUGGCAAAGACUCCAUACCGUAUUUACUACGUUGCCAGUUCCAUUGGUAUGUUCUGUAAUCCAUUUUGAUGUGGUAUGGUGUGACAUAUCAUAUGGUGUGAUAUGGUAUGGUAUGGUGUGACAUAUGACAUGGUAUGGUGUGACAUAUGAUAUGGUGUGGUAUGGUAUUGUAUGGUAUGACAUAUGGUAUGAUAUGGUGUGACAUGAUAUGGUGUGGUAUGGUAUUGUAUGGUAUGGUGUGACAUAUGGUAUGAUAUGGUGUGGUAUGGUAUUGUAUUGUAUGGUAUGGUGUGACAUAUUGUAUGGUAUGGUGUGACAUAUGGUAUGGUGUGACAUAUGGUAUGGUAUGGUAUUGUAUGGUAUGGUGUGACAUAUGACAUGGUAUGGUGUGACAUACUUAUGAUAUGGUGUGGCAUAUGAUAUGGUGUGACAUAUGAUAUGGUGUGUAUGGUAUGGUGUGACCAUGGUGUGGUAUGGUAUGUGGUAUGGUAUGAUAUGGUAUGGUAUGAUGUGGUAUAAUAUGAUGAUGUGAUAUGGUAUGGUAAUUUCGUAUUACUAAAUAUUAACUAUUUCCUCCCCUGUAGCAUAUGGCGUUGGUCUUAUCAUAACAUUUGCUGCGUUGUAUUUAAUGAAAGAAGGUCAACCUGCUCUGGUGUACCUCGUACCGUCAACAUUGCUCACUGUUAUAGUCAUUAGUCUAAUAAGAAAGGAGUUCUGUGAUCUAUGGCAUGGAACAUAUGUAAGCUUAUUCAACUCUUCAUAUGCUAACUCAAUCAUAUAUUGUCAAGUUGUAAACUCUCUUUUCAGACUUUGUUGUUUGAUUUCGAAAUAUCAUUCUCGUGAUUCGCUGCUCGAAUUUUUGUUUUCCAUCCUUUUCUCAUUUUCUUCUUUUCUCUACUCUAGCUCUGUAAUGCAUGAUGCAUCCGAUUCCACCUCAUCUCUUAUUAAGUGUCAAUACCAUCGCAGCCUUGCUUGAUCUUUUCAUUCCUCGUCUUUUCCUCCAUCUUAUCCAAAAUGUACUUUACUUAUUUCAGCGUUUCAGCCAUCCGACGAUUCAACCAUUAGUGCAAAGCGAUAAUGAAGAAAAUUGCGAGUACGACAGAGACAACGACACGGGCAGCACGGGUAAUGUGAACAAUGAGAGUAGAAGUAGUGAAAAAGAAAGAUUAAUUAACUAAGCGUUGUGGGUAUGAAAACUAUACACUCCAAUUGUGUACGAAAUGUGGUCUUUGAUACAUAAGUCGUUUAAGUCUGGGGGUGGUUGUAUAAAGACCAUUUCCUUUAGUUAGUUACGUUGGCGGCCUAAAAAUAGUUAUGCUGUAUGCCAUUUGGUAUGAUGAUCUGGAAACUGAACAAAAGUCAUUUUGUUAUGUUUCUGUCUUAAUAGAGACCUUACGUUGUACAAUGAGAUUCAUAAUAUUUAAGGGGAAAAAUGAAAAAUUAAUAUCCCACGGGAGUUUGUGAUGUCUCCACGGUCUGUUUACAACGGGAAACUACAGACUUUUACGUCUUGGAUAAAACGCCUGCAUUUGAAGACGCGAGAAGUGAUAUACUCAGCAAAUUAGCUCAGUACUGCAGUGAAACUUUCUCAACAAUAAAGCCACUAUUUCAAGCUAACCAAACAGUAUUGACACGCUCAAUAAUAGUCUACAAACUUUCUUUACAAUCGUUUAUUUGAAUGAUUUUAUUCUGGCCGUUGCGUUGCCGUCCUACAUCGUAAGAUCUCUAUUUUGUGCACGAUCACGGAGAUUUUGCCCAUUGUAUUUUCGUAUAAUAACGUCAUCGUCCAAUACUAAUUAAUAGUGAUAGCUGAGAUGAAACGUGCAACCACGAUGAGUAAGCUUUUAUAAAGUUGAGACAAAGUAUUUGUGUACGGUGAGGUACAUUUCAACAUCAAACAAACGCCUUCAGUGUUGUGUCUUUGACGUGUGCCGGGUUUCCAAACCAUGAUAUCUUCGCAGACUCUGGUUUGGCCACGCAUUAGCAUGUCAAAGUGACCGAUGUAAUAUAGCGUCGAUAUGUCUGGGGAUGGUUGUGAACACAAUGGGAUUGCACGCUGUUUUGAUCUGGGGCGGGUUGUUCAAAGCUUGGUUAUAGCUGCCGGUUCUUGAACAACCGACCCCUGUGGAUUAAUCUAUAAACAAUAUAUAUGCAUAAUUUCAAACUAUGUGUUAAAUAUGAAAAUUUUAUACAAUAAUACUACCGGUAACAUGGUAGUAACUUAAUUAACUAAAUAUUUCAAAAAGUGACAUAUGUGAUGAUAUAGCUUUACAUGUAAAAAUUGUGAAAAUCUCAAUAAAAAAUUUGACGUCAGUUUUUUCGCCUACGAACUGUAUUAUUUUAACAUAACCCUGACGUUCACGUGCGGAAAAUCUAGGAAACGUCAUCGUCCAAAACGUUUGUUGCUCGACUUUCCCCUGUCGUGACUGGCAUACAAUUGGGAAACUUCCUGUGGCCCACACUACCAGCUUCUUAUGGUAGCCGUUGUGUAGCCACUUGUGGUUGCAUAAGGAAUGCUUUAUUAUCUGAAACUAAGGCGUUUUAGUUAUAUAAAUGGUCUGUGAAACAUGUAUCCCAAUUGUAGGUUUCCUGUGUGGGUAACAUCCAAUAAUAAACUGUCCUUGUUUUGGACGUAACUACCCGAAAUAGUCAAAGAAACUUCAACGUUUGGAAGUUACUUAGCACCCAAAACCAACCACUUAUAGUCAUAGAUGUGAUAUAGUGCUGCUAACUUCAUCAAACGGGAAUGCGGAGUCGAGAAGCGAGAGUUUGCAUCAGAGUUUUCUCAACUCUCAUGCCCCGGUCAAACGAGAACAAGAAUUGCAUGAGAGUUGAUAAGCGAGAGUUUGCAUCAGAGUUUUCUCAACUCUCAUGCCCCAGUCAAACGAGAACAAGAGUUGCAUGAGAGUUGAUGAGAGAUGGAUAAAACGGCGAAAACUCGUCAACUCUCAUCAAAAUUUGAACUAGUUCAAAGUUCAUGGGAGUCGAUGACAGUUGGCCGAGAAUUUAGUCGAAGUUUUCUUGGCCAUUCUCAGGGGGUUACCACCAAAACAAUGUCAAUGCCAAUUGUGAAUUGAUUAUGGCUGUACAUUAAAUUACAAGCCAUGCACGUGUCUGACUGCUCAAAGUGGUCUUUACGACCAGACUGCUCUCUUCCACGCAAAGAAAGAAAAUAAACAUCCCUUUCCUGUUCUUAUGAAGUGUUCCUGAAACGUUGUUUCCCUUCACCUUAAAUGGCAUUUUAAUGAAUUUUAACUCUCCUAAUUUAAUUUCUUUUCCUAAUCGCUCAACUCUUCGUGGUGAAUGUAAAGAGUGAAAUAUAAUCUGGGAGAAAUCAAUCCCGGACGCAACUGGUUGAGAACAUCUCUGUCGACCAUCUAUACCAAUUUGCAUGUCCCUAAUUUCCAUGUUAAAUCAUGUUGCGCAUCUUAUUGUAAGACCCCGCUCCGCCAACUCAAUGCCCAGCUUGUGUCAUGGUAAAUUACCAAAAGUUGAGGAAAGGGGGUCACGAAAUGUGGUUGGAUCGCUGUGUUACAUGACGUACCUCAUCAAACAAUUACGUAAUCGCAGGUGGUCCAUCAUUUAAAUUUCCUGAGGGCUUUAUAGCGAAGUAAACAAAGGCUCUCGACAGAAACCUUAUAAGAAAGCCGCAUAUUUUUGAUCAGGAACGAAACGGCGGUUUGCCUGUGGUCACACGUUUGAUUUUAUUCACCCGUAUGGCUCGGGAGCGAAACGAAAGGCCUGGUUUAUUCGCGAGAGUACUGAUAUGGAUGCAUUUUCGCGAAGCGAGAACGACACAG